AUGGAGCAGUAUCAGCAGAUCAAAGAAGUAAACGUUCCGCGCUGCUUCUUCAAAGAUUUCUGCCCACAGCAAGUCAGCGAUAUUCAGGUCCAUGUGUUCACGGAUGCUAGUGUGUCCGCCUGUGCGUGUGUGGCCUACCUUAGAAUCACAGUAGAUGGAGAGAGUCAGUGCUCGCUGAUCGCAGCAAAAACUAAAGUUGCGCCUCUUCGAGCACUUUCUAUUCCACGUUUGGAAUUACAGGCUGCCAUGAUGGGUUCCCGUUUACUACAGAACAUCUGUUCGGCCCUAACCAUCAACAUUCAGAGGCGUUUCCUGUGGUCAGAUUCAGCAACAGCUCUUGCUUGGCUUCGCUCCGAUAGUCGUCGGUAUCAUCAAUUCGUCUCGUUCCGUGUCGGCGAAAUCCUGUCGUUGACUAGUGUGGAUGAAUGGCGCUACGUUCCUUCUCGCGAAAAUGUUGCGGACGAUGCCACGAAAUGGAAUAGAGGGCCUUUUUUCGAUCCGGAUUGCCGUUGGUACCAGGGUCCAGCGUUCCUGCAUGAUCCGGAGUGUCAGUGGCCUGCGGAACGACCAGGAAAUACAGUGGAAGCAGACGCAGCGGCCGAGGAAAUUCGCCUUGUAGCAGUACACUGUACAGCAGAGGAAGUGGUAGACGUGCAACGUUUUUCCAACUGGAACAGACUACUACGAGCGACAGCAUACGUCCACCGAGCUGUAUCAGCAUGGAAGCACCUGACAAGCGGGACAAGGUCGCUGAAAAUACUCAGCCAGAGCGAGUUCGCGAAAGCAGAGGAAACACUAUGGCGGCAAGCACAAGCACAGGCGUAUCCGGAAGAAAUUCAGUUGUUAGGCGAAGGAAAAUGUGUGGCGAAAGGCAGUUCGAUACGUGCGCUGUCUCCAUUCCUGGACGAGAAAGGAGUUCUACGAGUUGGCGGCAGAAUCGAACAAGCUCCAUCGAUUGCAUACGAAGCGAAGCAUCCAGUCGUAUUACCGAGAAGCCAUCGGAUCACAUAUCUCGUUGUGCUUAGCUUCCACCAGCGAUUCCUUCAUGCGAACACCGAGACAGUGUGCAACGAGUUGAGACAACGUUUCCACAUUCCGAGGAUGCGAACAGUAGUGCGGAGCGUAUGUCGUGGCUGUCAGUACUGCAAGAUUAAGAAAGCAGCUCCAGUUCCACCGAUGAUGGGACCGCUUCCGAAAGUUCGUCUGACUCCCUUCAUCCGUCCGUUUACGUACGUUGGCGUGGACUACCUUGGUCAUUUCGAAGUCAAAGUCGGUCGCAGUAUUGUGAAGCGGUGGAUAUGUUUGUUCACGUGCCUCACAGUUCGAGCUGUUCAUCUGGAGCUAGCACACAGUCUGUCAACGAAGUCUUGUGUAAUGGCGUUCAGGCGUUUCGUGAACCGACGAGGAGCCCCGCUGGAAGUAUUCUCGGACAACGGUACCAACUUUGUAGGAGCCAGUCGUCAGUUGACAGAAGAGAUCGAGUGA